UCCGCGCUUGGCCGCGCCCCUCCGUGCGCUCAUGGGGGGCGGCGGGUAAAGGGAGCCCCGGGAGCGCGCGCGCCCGCGCGCCGCUUCCCUUCCCCGCCCUCCGCGGGCUCCCGUGAGGCGGCGGCGGCGGCGAGCUCGCAGCGACCGAGCGAAGGAACCGGGGAAGAAGGAAAGCGGCAGGGGAGGAGCGGCGGCUCGCCGGGGAGGCCGCGGCGGGCAGGGACGGACGGACGGGCGGAGGGGGCGCUGUAGCGGGCGGUGAAGGAGCCGCCGAGGAGGGGCGAGACCGGCCGCCCCCCGUCCCCUCCCAUUCGGGCGCGCGCUCGCCGCGGCGGCGGCGGCGGCUCCCGGCGAUGCGGUGAGAGGGAGGCGCAGCCGCGCUCUGUGCGGGGCCGCCGGGAGCCUCCCGCGCCAGGACUUGAAGUGGAUGGAGGAGGACACUUCUUGCUAAAGAUUUAACUUGUCUAAAGAUAUCAAGCGUUUGCAACAAACCAAGUGGAACAGGAUCGCCAUGUUUCGAAACAGUCUCAAGAUGCUUCUUACAGGAGGGAAGUCAAACCGCAAAAACAGGUCCAGCGAUGGAGGGAACGAGGAGCCACCAGACCGAAGACAGGCAAGUGUAGACUCCCGUCAGAGCCGAGCUGGGCAAGGCACCUCCACAGAGAACGACUGUGCUUUUGAACCUGACUACGCAAUUCCGCCACUCCCAGUGACCGAAGGUAUGCAGCACAUUCGGAUAAUGGAGGGCAUGUCCCGCUCCCUUCCAUCCUCCCCCUUACUCACACAUCAGUCUAUCAGUGUUCGGCUCCAACCUGUGAAGAAGUUAACUGCCCCUCUGAGGAAAGCAAAGUUUGUUGAGAGCCCUCGAAUCCCAGAGUCCGAGCUUGGCUCCCCAACCCUCUCUGCCCAGAAGCUGGACGUUGAUGCAUUCUGCCCUGGUGAUACUGAGCAAGAGCUGGGACCCCCUCCAUCCGUAGAUGAGGCAGCGAACACACUCAUGACUCGCCUGGGCUUCCUCCUCGGAGAGAAAGUCACGGAGGUUCAGCCAGGGCCCCAGUACAGCAUGGAGGUGCAGGACGAGAACCAGAGCUCGGCGGUGACGCAGCGCAUCAGCCCCUGCUCCACGCUGACGAGCAGCACGGCCUCGCCGCCGGCCAGCAGCCCCUGCUCCACCCUGCCGCCCGUCAGCGCCAGCGUCACGGCCAAGGACUGCACCUACGGCGCUGUCACCAGCCCCACGUCCACGCUGGAGAGCAGAGACAGCGGCAUCAUCGCUACAUUGACAAGUUACUCUGAAAAUGUGGAACGUACUAAAUAUGGAGGGGAAAGCAGUAAGGAACUUGGAUCUGGGGGAAACCUGAAACAGUGGCAAUCCCAGAAAUCCAGCAUGGACUCCUGCCUGUACCGUGUGGAUGAGAACAUGUCAGCCUCCACCUACAGCCUCAACAAAAUCCCUGAGAGGAACCUGGAGACAGUCCUGUCCCAAUCAGUGCAGUCAAUUCCUCUGUACCUUAUGCCACGGCCAAAUUCAGUAGCAGCCACCAGCUCAGCCCACCUGGAAGACCUGGCUUACCUGGACGAGCAGAGGCACACUCCCCUGCGCACGUCGCUGCGGAUGCCGCGGCAGAGCGUGGCCAGCGCCCGGGCGCAGCAGGACCUGCGAGUGCGCUUCGCGCCCUACAGACCCCCCGACAUCUCCCUGAAGCCGCUGCUCUUCGAGGUGCCCAGCAUCACCACGGAGUCCGUGUUCGUGGGCCGGGACUGGGUGUUCCACGAGAUCGACGCGCAGCUGCAGAGCUCCAACGCCAGCGUCAACCGCGGCGUGGUCAUCGUCGGCAACAUCGGCUUCGGCAAAACCGCCAUCAUCUCCAGGCUGGUGGCGCUCAGCUGCCACGGCACCAGGAUGAGGCAGAUUGCUUCAGAUAGCCCCCACGCCUCUCCAAAACAUGUGGAUGCCAACCGGGAGCUGCCCUUGGCUCAGCCGCCUUCUGCGCACGCGUCCAUCGCCAGCGGGAGCUGCCCCGGCACCCCCGAGAUGCGCCGGCGCCAGGAGGAGGCCAUGCGGAGGCUGGCCUCACAGGUCGUAGCUUACCACUACUGCCAGGCUGACAACGCCUACACCUGCCUGGUGCCCGAGUUCGUGCACAACGUGGCCGCGCUGCUGUGCCGCUCGCCGCAGUUCGUCGCGUACCGGGAGCAGCUGCUGCGCGAGCCGCACCUGCAGAGCCUGCUCAGCCUCCGCUCCUGCGUGCAGGACCCCAUGGCCUCCUUCCGCAGGGGGGUCCUGGAGCCCCUGGAGAGCCUGCACAAAGAGAGGAAGAUCCCUGAUGAAGAUUUCAUUAUAUUAAUUGAUGGUUUGAAUGAGGCUGAAUUUCACAAGCCAGAUUAUGGAGACACCAUUGUAUCAUUCCUGAGCAAAAUGAUUGGAAAAUUCCCUUCCUGGCUGAAGCUGGUAGUGACAGUCAGGACAAGUCUACAGGAAAUAAUUAAGCUGUUGCCCUUCCACAGAAUAUUUUUGGAUAGACUGGAAGAGAAUGAAGCCAUCGACCAGGACCUGCAGGCAUACAUCCUCCACCGGAUACACAGCAGCUCGGAGAUCCAGAACAACAUCUCACUCAACGGCAAAAUGGACAACACUACGUUUGGCAAACUCAGUUCUCACCUCAAGACCUUGAGCCAAGGGUCCUACCUGUACCUGAAACUUACUUUUGAUCUCAUAGAGAAAGGAUACCUAGUUCUAAAAAGCUCCAGCUACAAAGUGGUCCCAGUGUCCCUGUCCGAAGUGUACCUGUUGCAGUGCAAUAUGAAGUUCCCAACACAGUCUUCCUUUGAUCGGGUCAUGCCUCUCUUGAACGUAGCAGUGGCUUCUCUGCACCCAUUAACAGAUGAACAUAUUUUUCAGGCCAUUAAUGCAGGUAACAUUGAGGGCACUUUGGAGUGGGAGGACUUUCAGCAGAGGAUGGAGAACCUUUCUAUGUUUCUUAUCAAACGUAGAGACAUGACGCGAAUGUUUGUUCAUCCCUCUUUCCGAGAAUGGCUUAUUUGGAGAGAAGAAGGUGAAAAAACCAAGUUUCUUUGUGAUCCAAGCCAGAUGGAUUUCUUUCUGCUCACUUGGGAACUGAGGAGACAUGACAAGUGUACAGAGCAGUCCUCGGGGUUGUCGUACGCGAAGCAGUUUGACCCUACCGUGUCAGGUCUGAGUAAAAAAGUUGGGGUAUCUUCCUCCAUCCUGCAAGGGCUUUGGAUCUCCUACAGUACUGAAGGUCUUUCAAUGGCGUUGGCAUCUCUGAGAAAUCUCUACACCCCAAACAUAAAGGUCAGUCGGCUGCUGAUUUUAGGAGGCGCAAAUGUCAAUUACCGGACGGAAGUUCUGAACAACGCCCCCAUUUUGUGUGUCCAAUCUCACCUGGGGUAUGCAGAGAUGGUGGCCUUGCUCUUGGAGUUUGGGGCCAACGUUGAUGCUGCUUCUGAGAGCGGCCUGACCCCGCUGGGCUACGCGGCUGCCGCCGGCUUCCUGAGCAUCGUGGUGCUGCUGUGCAAGAAACGGGCCAAGGUGGAUCAUUUGGACAAAAACGGGCAGUGUGCCCUGGUCCAUGCUGCUCUCAGGGGACACCUGGAGGUGGUGAAGUUCUUGAUCCAGUGCGACUGGAGCAUGGCUGGACAGCAGCAGGGAGUGUUCAAGAAGAGCCACGCCAUCCAGCAGGCCCUGAUUGCUGCUGCCAGCAUGGGCUACACCGAGAUCGUCUCCUACCUGCUCGAUCUUCCAGAAAAAGAUGAAGAGGAGGUGGAGAGAGCACAGAUCAACAGCUUUGACAGCCUCUGGGGAGAGACAGCUCUGACGGCGGCGGCGGGGCGCGGGAAGCUGGAGGUGUGCCGGCUGCUGCUGGAGCAGGGCGCCGCCGUGGCGCAGCCCAACCGCCGCGGGGUCGUGCCGCUCUUCAGCGCCGUCAGGCAGGGCCACUGGCAGAUCGUGGACCUCCUGCUGACACACGGUGCUGAUGUGAACAUGGCAGACAAGCAGGGCCGGACGCCGCUGAUGAUGGCCGCGUCCGAGGGACACCUGGGCACUGUGGAGUUCCUGCUUGCACAAGGUGCCUCCAUUUCUCUGAUGGACAAAGAGGGCUUGACAGCCCUCAGCUGGGCCUGCCUGAAGGGCCACCUGCCCGUGGUGCGUUCCCUGGUGGAGAACGGAGCUGCCACGGACCACGCGGACAAGAACGGCCGCACGCCGCUGGACCUGGCGGCGUUCUACGGCGAUGCUGAGGUGGUUCAGUUCCUGGUGGACCAUGGGGCCAUGAUCGAGCACGUUGACUACAGUGGGAUGCGGCCCCUCGACAGAGCAGUGGGCUGCCGCAACACCUCGGUUGUCGUCACCCUCCUGAAGAAAGGAGCAAAGAUAGGUUGUCAGACGUUACCGAGUCGCCCACGAGGUCCAGCAACUUGGGCAAUGGCAACCUCCAAACCAGACAUCAUGAUCAUCCUGUUGAGCAAGCUGAUGGAGGAGGGAGACAUGUUUUAUAAGAAAGGUAAAGUGAAAGAGGCUGCCCAGCGCUACCAGUAUGCUCUGAAAAAAUUCCCCAGAGAAGGGUUUGGAGAAGACCUGAAAACCUUCCGUGAGCUGAAGGUGUCGCUGCUUCUCAACCUGUCCCGGUGUCGGAGGAAAAUGAAUGAUUUUGGAAUGGCGGAGGAAUUCGCCACUAAAGCACUGGAGCUGAAACCGAAGUCUUACGAAGCUUACUAUGCAAGAGCAAGGGCCAAACGCAGCAGCAGGCAGUUUUCAGCAGCCCUGGAGGACCUGAACGAGGCCAUCAAGCUGUGUCCUAACAACCGUGAGAUCCAGCGGCUGCUGAUGCGGGUGGAGGAGGAGUGCAGGCAGGUGCAGCAGCAGCAGCAGCAGCAGCAGCAGCAACAGCAGCAGCAGCAGCAGCAGCAGCAGCAGCAGCAGCAGCAGCAGCCAUCACCUCCACUCCCAGUGGAGCCAGAACCCGAAGCCCAGCAUGAAGAGCUGUAUUCUGUGCAAGAUAUCUUUGAGGAGGAAUACCUCGAGCAGGAUGUAGAAAAUAUUUCCAUUGGCUUACAGACAGAGUCCAGGCCAAACCAAGGGCUGCCCAUCAUCCAGAGCCCACCCCCAUCUCCAGCUCACAGGGACUCAGCCUAUAUUUCUGGCUCACCACUUGGCUCUCAUCAGGUCUUUGAUUUCAGGUCCAACAGCUCCGUGGGUUCACCAACCAGGCAGGGGUACCAGUCCACAUCUCCUGCUCUGUCUCCAACACACCAAAACUCACAUUACAGACCCAGUCCUCCACACACAUCCCCAGCUCACCAGGGCUCCACUUACCGCUUCAGCCCCCCUCCCGUGGGAAGCCAGGGCAAGGAGUAUCAGAGCCCACCGCCGUCUCCCCUCCGCAGAGGCCCCCAGUACCGUGCCAGUCCCCCUGCAGAGAGCAUGAGCGUUUACAGGUCCCAGUCCGGCUCCCCGGUCCGUUACCAGCAGGAGCCCAGCGGGGUCUCCCAGCUCCCCGGCAGACCCAAGUCUCCGCUCUCCAAGAUGACGCAGAGAUCCUUCCAGAUGCCCCAGCUCCCCGUGGCCGUGCCGCAGCCGGGGCUGAGGCUGCAGCCAGCCAAGGCACAGAUCGUGAGGAGCAAUCAGCCCAGCUCCGCCGUCCAUUCCAGUACUGUCAUCCCAACCGGUGCCUACAGCCAGGUUGCCCACUCGAUGGCCAGCAAGUACCAGUCGUCAUCAGGGGACAUGGGGGUCAGCCAGAGCCGGCUGGUCUACCAGGGCUCCAUCGGGGGCAUCGUGGGUGACAGCAGGCCCGUGCAGCAUGUGCAGGCGAGUCUCAGCGCCGGAGCCAUCUGUCAGCACGGAGGGCUGGCCAAAGAAGACCUUCCACAGAGACCAUCCUCAGCUUACAGAGGGGGGAUGAGAUACAGCCAGACACCUCAGAUUGGGCGAAGCCAGUCCGCCUCCUACUAUCCGGUGUGCCACUCAAAACUUGACCUGGAGCGUUCUUCCAUACCCGCCAACCAGCUGGGCUCUCCAGAUGUGUCUCACCUCAUAAGAAGGCCCAUCACAGUCAAUCCCAGCGAAAUCAAGCCUCACCCACCGACUCCACGGCCUCUACUCCACUCUCAGAGCGUUGGCCUCCGCUUCUCCCCUUCCAGCAAUAGCAUCUCCUCCACAUCCAACCUGACUCCCAACUUUCGCCCCUCUGCUUCGAUUCAGCAAAUGGAGAUUCCCCUCAAGCCAGCCUACGACAGAUCGUGCGAUGAGCUGUCUCCAGUGUCACCCACGCAGGGGGGCUACCCCAGCGAGCCGGCCCGUUCCCGGACCACGCCGUUCAUGGGAAUCAUAGAUAAAACUGCUCGGACUCAGCAGUACCCCCACCUCCAUCAGCAGAACCGGACCUGGGCUGUGUCGUCAGUGGACACUGUCAUUAGUCCCACGUCUCCUGGCAAUCUGCCCCAGCCGGAAUCCUUUAGCCCGCCCUCUUCAAUCAGCAACAUUGCCUUUUAUAACAAAACCAACAAUGCACAGAAUGGCCAUUUGCUAGAGGAAGACUAUUACAGCCCCCAUGGGAUGCUGGCCAAUGGGUCCCGGGGAGACCUCCUGGAGAGAGUCACCCAAGCCUCCUCAUACCCCGACGUCAAGGUGGCAAGGACGCUGCCCGUGGCGCAGGCCUACCAGGAUAACCUGUACAGGCAGCUCUCCAGGGACUCCAGGCAAGGGCAGACGUCCCCAAUCAAACCAAAGAGACCAUUUGUGGAGUCUAAUGUGUAAAAGACACUUGUUGGAGUGAGACCCUCAUGUUUUCAGCACACACUUCCAAGCUUGAUUUCCAUGCAUACUAUUAUAAUUAUUAUUAUUACUAUUAUUAUUUUUAUUUCUCUUUGAUAGCUACAUGAUCAAGUUUCUCCGGUACUUUAUGUGGUGGUCAGACAGCCAUGCACGUGCUCCAGCCCUUUUGUUCCCCAGCUGACUGUGAAGCCAACAUCAGCCGAGCCAGUAUCAUUUGCCCAAUUCCAGCAAAAUUCCAACCAGGAUAUCUUAGUCCAUGGUGUGGGGUGGUCCAGAGAUAUCCCUACGCAGCAGGAGGUAACCAGCUCUUUUUCAAGAGACAAUUGCCUUGGAUUUAAAUUGGUUUCUUUUCUCUCAAUGAUCUCUUACUCAACUCUGAUGGGAAUUCCUAGGGAAUUCCACAGGAGCCUUUCCCAAGGCUGCAUCCACAGGUCCCUGUGCCAGCCAGGCUGUUUGGCUCUUUGCCCCAAAGAGUGGAUUACCCUCAGUGAUGUGAUUUAACACCAGUAGCUAUGCACAGCACCCACAAUACCUGUUCUGAUUCUGCUGGCUUACAGCACUUUCCUUCCUUAUUUAACUUGUCACUGGCCAGAAGGGGUUGGGAUCACACAGCACUUUGCUGCUUUCCAAGUACCUACCAGGUGCCCUCACACUGAUUUCUUUGCUCUGGGGCAUUUUACAAGCAUUGAAGGUGUAAGGUUGGCCCUUUGUUAUGUGUUUUAAUCAGCCAAGGGAAUUGGCCAGGAAUCUCUUGUGCAUGAACUGGGGUUGCACUAACUUCUUCACACUGUUGGCAGACUUCACCUCACCCACAGCAUUUGCACGGGGCAAGUCAGUGUUGGGGACUUCAUCUUGGGGGGGAUUUAUCACUUGCAAGGAAGAGCAAAAAUCUGACUUAGGAAAUGGUAUUCAAAGAGGAAAAUUGCAAUUCUGAAUUUUUUUUUUUUACAUUUUUUUAUGAUGAGGAUGUAGAACAUGGCAUGAUGGUCCCAAAAGAGGAAGGGUCCUUCUACAGUCCCAGGCCUGCAGCAUCCUUUCCCUCUGGCUCAAUCCUGCCAGGGAUCAGGGGCUGUAGCAAGUUCUGUGCUCCUCUUAAGAUCCUCUGUUCCCAAAAUCCUGGAAAGGGACACCGUGUUCCAUAUCUGUACAUGGUAGAGACCAUGUAUUGCUUUUUGAGAAGCUGUAGUUCAGAGAGACCUAUUUAUAAUUUAUUUAUGUUAUGUAUUUCAGGACAUUUUCCAGUUCAGGUUGGGUUUUUUCUAUUAUUUUCAGUUUUGUAAUCAAAUGCAAGUCACAUCAAGACAACAUGAAAAGCAGGGGCCGGUUCCAAAAUCCUUGUUAUAGGAUUUUCAAACAUUUUCUCAAUUAUUUGCUGAAAAUUUCUUUUGAGGUGGGGGGAAGAACUUCCCUUACCAAUUCCUUUAUUCCUGGUGGGUUUGUAAUCUGCCUUUUGCGUUCUGAGGGUGAAGGGUGGGAUGAUGGGAGGGAGAGUGAUAACGCUGUAGCUUGUUUUAAAGCAAACUAGUGCCUGUUGCCCAAUGCCAAACCUCACUCAUAUCAACUCUUGGGAGCAAUUCAGUGCAGAGCAGGGGAGUGAUACCUCCAAAGGGCUACUGAGAAUCGAUUGCAAGACUUCUUGAACCAAAUCACGGGCUCCAGCCUCCGCUGGUGUGAGUGAGCAUAUCCCAGCACCACAUCACUGCAGCUGCACCCUUUCACACCAGCUCAGGACAGGGUCUGGAACUCUUGAAGCAAACCCUGGCUUUGAUGGGGCAUUUUUUCUUUUUCCUGUGUGUGGCUCAGCACAUCUCAUUGCUACUUCGUUGCCUAACUUGCUCAGAGCAAGCUGGGACAUGCACACCUUGGGCCAGGGGAGGCUUGUGUCUCAUAGGCACAUGGAGAGCAUUUGGAAGGGGGGGUUCCUCUGAGUUUUGGCAGUUUUGGGGCACCCCAGGGGCUGUUUGGUCUUUGUCAAAGCCAGUAUUUGGAUUGAGGUUGGUGUUUUCUUCCUUGAGGUACAACCCAUUGCUGACUCUGCUUUAUCCCAGGGCUCUGUAAAAUGGGGGGCUGGCUGGGACCCCUUCAAUGGGGUGGGUACCCCAUGGGGACACCCAGGUCUGUGCAUAGUUUCUCUCCUUGCAAAUGGGGUGUGAUGGCUUUCUUUCUUCCUUUCAUUUCUGAAAUAACAUGCUCUGUAUUGUAAGGAAUAACUGCUUUCUCCUCCACAUCCCACAUGCCCAUAGCUGGGGAGACAUACCCUGGGUCUGGAGCAGCAUCAGUCACUUUGCUUAGUGCCUCCCAUCCUCCAGCUUUCUGCCUGAGUGAGUGGCUUCCUACCUUUAGUUUCUUCUUUGAAAGGAAAAAGUUCAGCCCUGUCCCUGUGUGACACCCGGCCGAUGCUCCUCUCCCUGGCAGCAGCGAGCUCCAGGGCCAGUGACAGGAGAACUGCCCAUGCUCUGCUUUGGCCACUCACUGCCUUGUGCUCCCAGUCCUGUCCUUCAGAGCAUCCCCCCCGCAGCACUCCUGUGUGUAACUUUCCAGUUUCUGAAGAUGUUUUAAGGGAAAAACAAAACAGCUCACGCUUUUAACACAACCACAAAGCUGAAGGAGGCUUGAAACACUGCAGCAUGCAGGUUUUUUCACGAUUCCACGUGUUACAUUUUCCACAGGAUUCUUGCACUAAUGGUUUUCCAUCUGUUCUCUCUGUACAUGGGUGCACUUUACUGUUUGAAUUUGUUACUAUGAUAAAUACUGGAUAUUUAAGCGUGAGUAGUGUCUUCAUUAGAAAAAUAGCAAAACAGCUCAUGUCUCUUAGUGUAUUUUUCAAAAAAAGAGAAAAGAAAUGAAGCAAUGAAUCAUAACAUUUAUAGCACAAGAACUGACUUCUGUAUAUAAGCAUCAACAGAUUGAGUAAUUUUUGAAUACAGAAUUAUUUGCAGUGGUUUUAAAGCACUUGCCCGGCAAUUCUCUUAGGGACAAUUGAGGCAGGAUGGCUGCUGUGGUCACCAGGUGGGUAAGAAGCACAUUUCCUCCUGGAAAAGCUGUUCUUGCUCAGUCCCCCACAUUCCCACCAAAGUCAUGAUUUGGUCUUUGCAUGAGGAGAAGCAGAGGUAGUUCUGUGUUGUGCUGGCAUGGCCCCUUUGUGCUUGGGGGAGCACAAGGUCAGAUCUCACCCUGAGGGCCCUUCAUCCUCUACUCUUAGAUCUGGGUCUGACAAGAUCAGGCCACACUGUGGGAUCACGCUCAGUUUCAGACAUGGAGCUGUCCUGUACAUCUGUGCUAUGUAUUUAAUUACUUUUUGAGUAAUUAACAUGCAGGUCAGUGCUGUCAGCUGGUGCCUUCAUGCCCUCCUGACUGCAGUGGUACCACUGGCAAGCCCCAUCUUCAAGCAAGCAGGAUUUUGGGUCCACCAAGUAAAGCAGGUUCUUGAUGACAUUGAAACUCCAGUUUUCAUUCUUGGGGUACAUGCGGAAGGCAGUGCCAAAAGUGAUGCUGAAGCUGACCCCUUUCUUUAGCCAACCUUCCCACCAGGUGUCUCAUCCUCACCUGUGGCUGCUCUGAGACCCAGGUGUGCUGCCACAGAGCUGGAAUCUUCUCUCCCAGCAUCAGGUGUGGAUGUCUGCCCUAUCCCUCAGUGGGGGUUCAUUGUCUCUCACUUUUCUCCCAGGUCAGGAGAAUGCUGCAGUUCCCGGGGAGUGGACACCCACGUGGUGGGAGGCUCUGCAGGGUCCCACCAGCCAGGCUGGGAGUGGCAUCAGAGGGCUUUGGACAUAGUCUUGAGUGGGCAUCAAAGUGCUUAGGAAAAGGAGGCUUUUACAAAGACAGGUCCUUUGAGAUCCGUCUCCAAAGGAGGUACAGCCUGAGCUGCCUUCUCUGUGUCACUGUUUGGGAGGACUGUGAUGGUUCCAACAAUCUGAGACGUGUGUCUGUCCAUCUGUCUGUCUGCUGUGGCACCAGUGCCCAGCUCAGUCUGUCUGAACACUGAACUUUUUGGUUAUUUUUCUUUAACCUGGCUGUGAAGAAAACCGCGUGGCUGGUGUGAACGUGUGAGCGUGCGUAUGCCAAACACUGGAGUCAUGCUGGGAUUAGGUCUGGAACCAGGGUGGGUAGUAAACUGCGAGCAGUUCAGUCUCCUUUACUAAGGUUGCUGUAUAUUCAGGGUUACCCAGGAGAAGUCUAGCUAAAACCGAAGUGCCAGCUCUGCCUUAUCUAGAGAACCAAGCAAGCCAGCGUGCCUGCUCGUCCUCCGCCUUCCUCGCCUGCGGGGGUCCAUAGUGCGCUGCCGUGAGCUCCUUGGUGGUUGUACUUUGCUGUACUCUUGGGAAUUCAAGGUAACUCUUCUACUGGUUUAUCAGCCUUUACCCAAGGGCUUAGGGAAAGAGCUGCUGUACCUGCUGGGACCUCUGCAAAUCAAAGCCUUCCCCCCAUGCCGGCUGCACUUCGCAGGCUGGUGGAGGGUGUGUUGGACACAAAGCACAAUGGUUGAAAGUGAAUCUGCGUUUUUUUCAGCUUUAUGUGAAUAAUUGCUGGAUUUUCAUUCAAUCAAACUCUUUUUUCUAAUAUAAACCACUAAGGGCUCAAUUCUUUAGCAAGAUGCAUUCGUGUCCAACUCUUGACUCUACAGCUGGAUCUCACCAAACUGGUACAGACCGACCCAAGAGGUCACAGCGAGCGCGGCCGUCACGGGGAAAGCCAACAGACACCCAACCCAGCAGCCGUGUCCUUCCUCCUGCUCCUUUUCUAGCUGUCACGGUACUGGGGAGUCAGCAGCCAAGUCCCAUCUGAUGGGAUCACAUCCUGUGGUUGUGAAAACAGAGGGCUGCUUUGCUAAAAGACUUCGUCCCUUUGGGUGAUGCUGUCCAGGGACGGCGGUGGGGAGGCAAGUCGGGGUCGGAAUGGGUAGGUGGGAAAGCCUCGUGCCCAUAGAGCUGGGUCCCCACAGGGCUGCCUCGCUGUGCACUGCUCAGCCAGCUACUGAGAGCAGCACUGUGUGCUACAUAAAGUCCAUUGUGUUGCUACACUGAUAAGCCAGAGACUCGUGUGGACUCUGCCAGUACUGCCGGGCUCAUCCCUGUCCAGCCUUUUCUUUGCCAUAGUGUUGCGUUCAGCGUUCCAUCUCCUUUCUGUCUUCACAUCCGAGAGGAUCUGAGUUGGGUACAAACACGUCCACUACACCUGCCUUGUGCUUUGUACAACUCCCUGGUUGCCAUCCUCUGAGACACUUGCUGGGAAGAUCUUUAAGACACUUAAAUUUUCCUUUAGCUUUUCUAUAAUUCAGAUGUAAAGGACUUUCUCUCUGUACAGUAUAUUAUCCAAUGCAUGUUCUGUUCUCUCUGAUAUAUUGAACACCACACAGUUGUGAUAUUGUGCAGUGGGAAGAGCAGCCCCUGCCAACAGCAGAGGCCUUCGCCUCUCAUCUCUAAGGAAAGAAGAAAACAUAUUUUUUCCUUUGCUGUAUUUGCUUGAGCAGAGUUUUCUUGUCUGUACAUGUGAGCUGUGAGAUAGAUGUGAAAAGUUCAAAAGAAUGCAUUCCCCCCCCCAAUGUAUACAGAUUGUAAUCUGUACAAUGAAAACUGUAUGUAUGAAAAAAUGUACCUAUUUAUAAAUGG